GGCGGGCCUUAACGCUCCCAGACUCCCGCCACCUCCCUCUCCCCUCCCCGACGAUUUAAGAAUAGCGUGAAAACACUAGCCAAGUGGCUUGGGUGGUUUCGCGGGGCCUUAUGGCUGCUUCUGGGACCCUGAGCACUUUCCGCCUUCCGCCGUUGCCCACGAUUCGAGAAAUCAUUAAGUUGUUCAGGCUGCAAGCGGUGAAGCAGCUAUCCCAGAAUUUUCUCCUGGACUUGAGGCUGACAGAUAAAAUUGUAAGGAAAGCUGGCGAUCUGACAAAUGCUUAUGUUUAUGAAGUGGGCCCUGGGCCAGGGGGAAUCACAAGAUCCAUUCUCAAUGCCAAUGUUACUGAACUUCUGGUGGUUGAAAAGGAUAGUCGAUUUAUUCCUGGAUUACAGAUGCUUUCCGAUGCAGCACCUGGAAAACUGAGAAUUGUCCAUGGUGAUGUGUUGACAUAUAAGAUAGAAAGGGCUUUUCCAGAAAGUCUGAAAAGACGGUGGGAAGAUGAUCCUCCAAAUGUACAUAUUAUUGGAAAUCUGCCUUUUAGCGUAUCAACUCCACUGAUUAUCAAGUGGCUUGAAAAUGUUUCUUGUAAAGAUGGACCUUUUGUUUAUGGCAGAACCCAGAUGACAUUGACUUUUCAAAAGGAAGUGGCAGAGAGACUUACAGCCAGUACAGGAAGCAAACAGCGCAGUCGCCUUUCUGUUAUGGCCCAGUACCUCUGCAACGUUCAGCACAUCUUGACCAUUCCGGGUCGGGCUUUUGUCCCUAAACCAGAGGUGGACGUGGGCGUGGUGCACUUCACGCCCCUGACGCGGCCCAGGAUAGAGCAGCCAUUCAAGCUGGUGGAGAGAGUCGUGCAGAACGCAUUUCAGUUCCGAAGGAAAUACUGCUAUCGAGGCCUGGGGUUCAGUAAUUUGCUGGAAUGGCUCACAGAACUCAGGAAAACCCUUUCACUUACCAACUUACCAUAAAGGACAGAACUCAAGGACGGCAAAGGGAAGAGAUGUGGGGCGAAGUUUGUGUGGGAGCCAAGGGCUCCUCUCUGGGCUCAUCACCCUCCCAGCACCUCACUGUUUUCACCAACCCGGAAGCUCUGUGAACCCCAUCAUUUAAGGGCUCUCCGGAUGUUCCCUUAGGCACAGCUGGUACAGUCACUGGCCACUAGUGAUGGAGCUUGGUCUCCAGCCCCUCUCCUCUCCCUGGGGGGCCGGGGGGCCCGGAGGGCGUGGGGGAGGUGAGACUGAAAGUUCCAACCUUCUGAUCAGGCUUGUUUCCUUUGGCACCUGUCCCCAUCCCGAAGCUAUCGGGGGACCCGCCAGGAGCCCCCCAGUAGCAUAAACUCAGGUAUGGUUGAAAAGGAGUUUUAUUAGUAAUCACAAAUAUGCUAUCACCCCAUCCGGAAAUUUAAAGGUUUUAAGAGCUCUGUGUCAGAAACGUGGAAUGAAGACCGAAUGUAUUCUCGCACUACUUGGGUUUUCUAAGUGCUUUCUUUCCAUCAAGUCGCUAUAUGACACAAUGAGAACUAGAAGGUAAGUUAACACUGGAGCAGCCAGAAUGGCGUCACCAAGUAUUUAAUGGGGAGCCCCUCUGUUCCGCCGUGCUCACUGCUCUGCACAUGCACGUGGCCACUGUCCGCAAACGCAGCCUGAACGUGGCGGCUUACAGUCCACGUGCCCCCAAAGGCCCUGACGUGAGCACAGUGGUAUUCUGUGUCUGGCGGCAGCCAAGAAAAUGUUUAAUUCGGCCCAAGUAAGGCAGGAAGGGGUGUGUGUGUUUAAAAACUGGGCCUGGCCUUGUAGGCACGCAUCUCCCAUUUUCUAAAAUCCCCCUCAUUUGAAAAGCUCCACUUCUUUUUCUGGUUUUGCGAAGUGUCCCCUUAGCACAUAUUUCAGGUACGGCUGGCCAGCCGCAUCCUGAAACCGUCCCCGAAAACUCACUCCUGAGGAUUUGAGCGGACUGAUGUUCAAUCCUGGGCUUGCCGUUUGUGAACUCCAAUUAGGCCAGGAUUUUUACAUCACCGUACAGGUCCUGCUUCUCGAGCGGAGACCGAAGGAACGGACCUGGCCCAGUGUUGGCUGCGAUGAAGGCCGCGGGCCCCUGCUGGGAUGCUUCCCCUUCACACAGGCUGUGACUGGGACAGUUUUAUGUGAUGGCCCUGAUUCAUGGAGGGGAAAAAAAAAAAAUCACAAAAAGCACAUUUUACUUUUGGAAAUCCCGAAAUUGGCCUGAGCCCAGAGCCGGCCCUUGUGUUUCCAAGCUAAGUGAUGGGCCCCUUCGUUUCAUAUACACAGUCCCCUAUGCGGAUAGGAACCCCAAAUAGCGUGACCCACUUGGACCUCUUGGUGUCCUUUAGUCAUAUACACCCACAAAUUGGUCCCGAGUGAUCAAACCCCUCCUUGAUAUGAAACUGAAACCCCGAGAUCGCAGCUUGCCCGGACACUGUAGGGAACGUGGAGUUCUUCACUCCAGGACCAUGAGCCUGUAAGGAAAACUCCCAUCUCAGCCGGCCAUGACCUCUGAGCUCCGUAGAGCCUCCAACUGUUGAGAAAAAAAAAAAAGAAAAUCCAGGGGUAGCUUUCCAACAUUUCAGUCAGUUUUGUCAUUCAUUUUAAAACAGUGGUCUGGCUUGGUUAGAUGAAGUUUAAAAUACAUACUUCAAAUCAAUUUUAAAGAUGCCUCAAGGUAAAUCUAAAAGAAUGAUCUGUUUGCAUUUUCACGUCACCGGUUUUCUGACUUUGCAUAGUAAGGUCAAGGUCAUUUUCUGGGGGGGUGUAGAGUUCCCAAGGCUAAGUUCAAAUUAUAGAGGAGAAAUUAGACAAGUUUCAUAUUAAGAUAUGUGGCAAAUUUUUUAAAAAUGAGGCAAAUCAAACAUUAAGAAUGGAACUGAGCAGAUGUCACCUUAAACGAUACUUGUACUGAUGGAGCUGUGGAAAAUACCUUCCCACGGGGACGUAUGGCACAGGUCACAUUAGCUCUGCCUUCAGUGUCCCUCGUACCUGUUGCCUGGUGGCGAGACCGAGACCCCUCCCCACCGGCUCGGAGCCCUGCGGCCAAGCCAGCCGGCUGUCUCUUCCAGCCCCUCCGGUGGUCAGUUGUCAAAACGAUGUCAUUUUCAAAUGAGAGUAGGAGGCAUCAUGACUUACAGAGUUCCCCAAGUCAGUCUGAUUA